AUGCAAAGUUUCCGAGCCAGCCAAUUCGAACUCCGCCCUUGUGAUGGCCUGAGGUCUUCUUUCUACGUAAAUCAACUCUGGCCAACUGGCGCUUACUCUCGUGGCGACUUAGCCCGCCGUGUAAAAUGUGACGAAGGUCGCCCAGCCUGUCGCCGCUGCAUUUCUACGGGUCGCACUUGUGAUGGCUACGGCAUCUGGGGUGGCGGGGGGAGCCCAUAUGGCCCACCACAGGUCAACAAGGAACUAUCCAUCUACUGCACGCCGGUACCAGCUGGCUGUCUAACGCGGGAAGAGCAGACUUGCUUCGACUGGUUCAUGAGUAGAACAACAACAAAAUUUGCAGGCGUAUUUGCCUCACUGUUCUGGGAGACUCUUGUCUUCCAAGCCAGCGCACAGGAACCCGCCGUUCGACACGCCGUGGUCGCCUUAUCAGCAGCUCAUCGCUCUAAUGUCAGCAGCGAGUCUAUGCCGGCGAUGUACGGCAUGGAUGCGGAGCGAUUCAUAUUGCUACAGUAUAAUAAGGCAAUUCAUCAUUUACGCGCUGUAAUGACGGGUGGAUCAUCCAAAAAUGGCCUCCGCGUCACCCUUAUUACUUGUAUGCUUUUUGUCACACUAGAGUACCUGCAUGGUCAACAUAAAAUGGGCAGUGCGCAUCUAAGGUACGGCAUCCAGCUUCUGGCCAAUAUUCCUGCGCCUGCACCGCGUACUUCUAUGGCGCCAAGUAUACUUAGCCCGGCGGAGGACUUUGUGCAAGAUGCCUUGGCUGAGUCGUACGCUCGUUUGAUGAUUCAAUCGGCGAUGUUCGGUCACGUCCCGUCACAUCUUUGCGUGAUUGUGCGAGAUCCGCAGCUUUACGCCCUUCCUUAUAGAUUUUCCUCUCUUGUCGAAGCAAGACAGGCCCUCGAUGAUUUACUUACUCGAAUCUACUGUCUGGAACGACAUAUCUAUUCAGUCCCUGCAGAUGAUGGUCCGGGAACGGACCCGGAAGCCUUCGAGACGCAGUGCAGAAUUAUGGCAGAUUUGUUGCUCUGGGGAAAAGCAUAUAAUGCUUCUUUAUCUCUCAAGACUGACGCCUGUAAGGAGAAGAUUGGUUUCCUUCUUCUCCGGGUAUACUAUGAAAUGGCUAUGAUCAUGGCUUCCGUUUGUCUUUCAAGGGAGGGGGAGAUGGUAUUUGAUGCCUACAUGAAUGACUUUGUCGGUAUCAUGACCGCUUUCUUUGAUAUGCGGCGUUUCUGGUCGACAACUAGUCUCCCCAUUAAGGAGCAGCACAUGGCAUUCCAAAAUGGCCAGUCGGAGGGCAACGGCUAUUCGUUCACGAUUGAGUCAGGCUUCAUCCCGCCAAUUUAUUAUACCGGACUGAAAUGUCGGGUUUUGAAGAUUCGUCGGUUGGCAAUCAGGUUGUUGAGGGCGGCACCACAUCGAGAGGGCUUGUGGAAUGGCCACUGGUGGCGGACGUUCUGGAAGAGGUUGUUCGGGUGGAACAUGGCAGCUUCCAUGCUGAUGAUGAUCCGAAUCAGGAUUUAG